GAGCUAUCUAAUCACAUUUCAGAUCGAAGCCGGACGCUUGCUGAAGGUUGACUUAUAAAGAUGGGGGUGAAAAUUGAAAUUUUCCGGAUGGUGCUGUACCUGUCCUUUCCUGUGGCCAUGUUCUGGAUCUCCAAUCAGGCCGGAUACUUUGAAGAAUAUGUUGUGAAACGAAAGAGAGAAAUCUUUCCACCUGAUGAGAAGAUGCAGAUGAAAGAGUUAGAAGAUUUUAAGCAGAGGAUGAGGAAGAGGAGAGAGGAGAAGUUUUUAAAGCAGCUGGGAAUCCCAGAGUCGCAAGAAGACUAAGCAAACGUCACAUGCCAUAGACCUGAAUGUGCCUCCUCUUCGAAAGUCUUCAUCAGAACAUGGCUGCCAUGUAGCCUGUCUGGUUACCAUGUGGCUGAAGCACAAUGAAGACCUGUUGCUUUUGAACCAGUACUGAUAACUCUUUGGUAACUGGUUAAAUGAUUUUAUGGGAAAGCUGAUAUUCUGGAGUGAACGGUAUGUGUUAUAUGAUAGUCGCUAGUGGGAGAGGCUCAGGAUGUUUUAUUCAUUACAGACAUUAAUUAGCAAAAAAGUGUAUAGUCUUCAUGAGGUCAAUGCUCAUGCUGUGUUUUAAAUGUUAACGUCUGCAGAGUUCUUCACACAGUUGUUUGGUAUUAAAAGAUUUUGUAUAUUUUAUUAUUAAUAAUAUGCAUAAUUGUAAAUGUUUACCAUAGAUACCAGAGGCUGUUUUAAUCAUGAAUUAUAUUUUUGAUUCUUAGUGACCUAGUAUAUACAACAGAAAAUAAGCAGGCCAUGAUGUUAGGGGUUUAUUAAAGAAAAUGUUCCUCCUGGGAAAUCGGACCUGAACUGUUUAAACAGGCGUUAGUACUUGAUCGUUACAAGGUCUAAGUUGUUAAGUCGGAUUUACCAUAUUUUUCUGUUGUUUUUUUUUUUCCUAUGUUACAAAAAUCUCUGAUUGACGUGAGUUAAAGCUAAUCAAGUAAUAAACUGUUUCGGGUCCACUAUAAAUAGGUGGUCUUUCUUAA